AUCAAAAUACAUCACUAUAUAAGCUGUUAAUUCCCCACAUUAUAUCAGUGUGUGGGUAAUCAUAUCAUAUCGAACAUGGUGUUCAAGUGCAUCAACUUGGCGUUGGCGUUGGUAUUGGGAGUCUGUUCUGGAACCAACAUCGGGGUAUACCCUAGUAGCCAGUUGGGAUACAGCAAUGGACAUUUAGGCUACAACAGUGGACAAACUGGCUACACCAGUGUGCAGCAACAUCCAGUUCCAGCGCCCACCGUUGUCAGCGAAGUCCUCCAACCCCAAAUAGCCACUGUAAACGUUCCGGUGGUACAGACAAGAGUGGAACCCUACGACCCCAAUCCUCAGUACAGCUACGCCUACACCGUCAACGACCAGAGUACAGGGGACUCCAAAAGUCAACACGAAACCCGCCAUGGUGACUCAGUUCGUGGACAGUACAGUUUGACAGAGCCCGACGGUUCGAGGAGAACUGUGGAUUACGCUGCUGAUCCUCACAGUGGAUUCAACGCCGUCGUGCAUAGAACUGUUGCACACUGAUUUUGAUGAAGUAUCUUUGAAGAUGUAUCCGUGAGAAAUGGUUUGGUUUUACAUGACUUUAUUCUUGAAAUGUUUGUACAUUAGAGACUUAUGGAAUAAAUUGAUAUUUUUUA